GCCAAAUGUGCGGUGCAUCCUGGGAAACCUACUGACAUGGGUGCGUGAAGCCAUGCAGGGCUUCCACGGCUCCACGGGACGGGAGGCGAACUCAAACUAACGAGCUCAGAGGAGGAAGAGGGCUUUUUUAUAGUCGAACAUCCCGCAGCCCUCACGGAGGCUCCGGCCGGACUGCACUGACCGGUCGCUCGGCGGUGUCGGACGCGGGCUGCCGCCGCCGCUACGAUGCGUGUUCGCUGCUCCACGAAGCUCCGUCGGGGAAGUGACUCCUUCACCGGAUGAUGGACAGGAACUACCCGACCUCCAGCUUCGCGGACGCGCUGGCUCCACCAGCACAGACCGUAGCUUCUUGGGCCUAUGACCGCAGCGCAGCUAACAUCAAGCCGAGUCCCAGUUAUGGUGCAACACACCUUGAUGCAGAGCUCCUCCAGCGGCAAAGCUACACUUCCACCCACCAGCUUCCCACCUACACUACGUCACAGCUUCCUGCUGCAGCAGGAACACUUGACUCAAACAGUAAUAAUCCCGAGACCUCAAUCAUGAGCUUUCUGACAGCCAUGGAGUCGAGAAGCCUUCAGGCUGGUCCUGUUAGUGCCUCGCUGCUUACUCCUUUUAGACCCCCAUCAUGGCCUGCAGGUACAAACUCCUCCACCACAGAGCUGUACUUGACUGGUGCCCUGCCUUCCACUGCCACCUUCCCCUCUCCCGCUGCUCUGUCAUCCUAUCAGCAUACUGGUGCCUACCCUCCCAGGAGUUAUGCGACCAACCCUUCCCUGGCUCUCCAGGAUCCAGCCUUCAGCACUUCCACCAAUGGCCUGUUUUCUCACCCAGACCCCCUCCUUCAUCUCAAAACAAGCCAGACCGUGCUUCCCACUGCCCUGGCCUUCAAUCAUCUGUCUGCCCCUGCCCUGGGCUCCACUUUGCCUGUCCAGUCUUCCACAUACCGCUCAGCCCAGGAGUCAGCCCCCCACCUCCUGCAACCCCAGUUCAGUCUGCUCCCUUCUACCGUGCCUGCCCCACAGCCCUACGCAACCACUGUUUUUUCAGGCUCUAUUGAAAGAGCUCUUCAGCGUGAAUGUAGUGUGAUCAAACACCACCAGAGGCCUUCUAGCAGCCACACGGCCUCAGAACAGUUGCCCAAUUCUGAGCACUCGUUAUCGGGGUACUUUGUGUCUGGCAGCGAAGCAGAUGUGUCCUACCAGCAAGACCCGGCCCGUCAGACUCCAGUGUCGUGCAGUCCUUCCACAGGAGUAGAUUCAUCUCAAGGGGUCAAUGGCGCUCCGCAACCCAAGACAGACUUGGUAACUCAAACAUAUUCGACUACGUCAGUGCCAAAGGCUAAAGACUGCUCUGCCAAACUAGCUCCACACUCAGCUGGGGGUGAAGAGAGUCACAGCCACACACAGAACCUGCCAGGUGGGUCUCCAGAGCGAUAUUCUUCCCCAGGGCAGAACCAGAAUUCAGUGAUUUCUAAUCAGCAGUCUCUCCACCUACCAAGCCUAAUGUCCAACAGUUUGUCUCAAACCUACAUCAGCCCACACACACAGUCACAGACCCCCAGUUCCACCACAGACAAACUGUCAUCCCUUUACAAGACCCUGCCUUCUCUCUCUUGCCAGUCUGGCAAUGUGGCAACUGUCAGUCAGACACUUGUUUACUCCACCAGUCCCAGCCUAAGCCAGGAGCAGGCAGUCCAGUACGGAGUCCAGGUCCAGGGCUUGUGUCAGGGGAGUCUCUCGGAGAGCUACCCCACAUCCCACUCUCAGGGUGCUCCUAAUGUGACUUUUACAUCUCAGUCACAGGGGCAAGCUUCAGUGACUUAUUCUCAGAGCUUUGCCACAGGACAAUCCAUAAACCAAUCCCUUAACUCCUCCUACCCACCCACAUGUGUAAGGAGUCUGUCUGGAUCCAAUUCUACGCAGGACUAUACUCUCAUGCAAGCCUCAGUGGGAGGUAAAACGCACGACACUCUUUCCCAGCAACAGACACAGCCCCAUAAAUAUGUUCUAUCUGCACCACUGCCUACCUUCUCUUCAUCUACUCAAGCCUUACAUAAUAACGUCAGAUCCUCUAUACAGGAUGUAAAGCCAACAUACGUCAAACAGAAACUUGAAGAGCUUCCCAUGCAGGACCUAGAGGCUCUCCAUCAGGCGACUAUGGAGGCGUCUGCAGCAGACAACAUGGCGGCCCACAAUGUCAUCUAUGUUGUUUCGAAAAUGGAUGACCAUCACAAAACGCAAAGUGUUAUCCGAAGCAAUUCACGCUCUGACGACCAGCUCAUGGGACUGGGUCAUACACAUGCAGAACAGGUAAAGGAUGAAAGAAUGGUUUCCCUCAACCAACAGCACAUUCAUCUAAUCAGCGCCAAUGGUCAGGACACUGCAAACAUAAAAACGGCAAACUCCAGUAUUGUAUCUUCACAUGUACCUCUCCAACUCAAAUCUCCUGAGCCACAUCAACAAAACCACCAGAAUCAUAAUCAAUCCCAGAGCCAGAUCCCGGCUGCCCACACCCAAUAUAUCACCGUCCCCAGCACUCAGGUUCUCCUCGAGCCCAGUCAGAUGAUUUUGCUUCAGCAGCCCAUUGUCCACCAGGGUCAGAACCCUUCAAAGGUGGUAUCAGUGCAAAGUAUUCAACAGCCACAAGGUUUGGGCCCAGUGCAGAUCCAGUAUCUCCAGAUGGACCGUGAACUGCUAGGUCCCAGUGAACUCCACAGUCAGCAGCAGGGCACAGUAGUGUCCGAGCAGAGCUCAGGAUGCCCUGAUUCCUCGAAACACCACUACAGCCACUCGGCCAAUCAACAGUCAAACGAUGCCAAAAACCACUUUGCUCUCAACUCCAUUUGCUUCCCUGAAUCUAUGCUACUCGCAGAUGAGAGAAACAUUUUGUCGAAUGUUGAUGACAUCCUGGCUGCCACGGUUGCGGCCUGUGGCGUCACGCCGCAAGACUUUGUCAAAGCUGCAUCCUCUGCUGAGGCUGAAAUGGCAGUGAUGGCGAGCGCCGCUGAUACUAAAGGGCACUUCCAGACCGUGGACAUAAGGAACAUGUCACCUAGUUUCUCCUCAGCACAACAGUCGAUCCUCACCAACACUAACUCCCACACUUUGACCAUGACACUAAAUGGACCUCAGAUGUCCACAGACACUCAGGUCAGCAGUUCUGACAUUAAUGCAAAUGGAGAUGGAGGAAGCUCGGAGAAUGAUUAUCACUUAGGUGGGCAGUUGUAUGAUCCGUCGGGUCUACAGAGCAGCAUCAAAGAGAAUCUCAAGUGUAUUAAAACAGAGGAUGGUCUUAUGGAGGGCCCAGGCGGAGAAGACUACCCCAAAAAGAAGGCUCGCUUCAAGUCCUUGAACAAACCAGGUGGUCCUGAGGAGGACAGUGGACAGGUCAGACCGGCCAAGCGCAGUGGUAUGGUAAAGCGGCAAAACUCCAGGGGCAGUGACAUCAGCUCACCAUCUUCUUCACACAGCGUAUUUGAUGGUUGUCCGCAGCAGGAGAGAAUCAGGCAGAAGAUUCGUGAAGUGGAAGAGAAACAGCCAGAGGUCAAAACCGGCUUCAUUGGCUCCUUCCUUGACUUCAUCAAAUCUGGCCCCAAACAGCAGUACUCUCCGAGUCCUACGCGAACGAUAAGUCGACCUAGAAAACUGUCCACCUCGUCCAAACCACUGCCAUGUGUUUUGCCCGCCUUGCCUGCUUUGCCACCCAAACUGCAGACUCUGCCAGGGCCCGUGGUUUCACAGGAGAGUCAGGCAGUGAGCUCCCAGCAGAAACGUCUGGAUGAAGAUCUGCAAAAGAACUUGGAAACGCUGCCAUCGUUCAGCUCAGAUGAGGAGGAAAACACCGGGAAGAACCAGGCCCUGAGGAACAGGAUAAGCUCGGCACUCUCAGCUCUGGAUGAGUCUUCAGAUCGGAAAACCAGGACAGAAAACACAAUCCCUGGUCCGAUGAUGAAACCAGAUCAAGUUCCCAUAAUGCAGCAAGCCGUCAAAGAGACCUGUUUCCCACAGGUAACCACUCCUCUGCAAGCAACAAACUCUGUCACAGGAGCAGCUGCAUUUGCUGCUAAAGACAACUCCAAAGAGAUGGCACCGGGACAGGUGGCUGUGCAGCUGAGGAGUGUGGCCAUGGAAGGACUGACUGACGAGGAGCUGUCGGACAGUGGAGGGGAGGGAAUGUACCGGGAGAGAGAUGAGUUUGUCGUCCGCAAUGAGGAUGUUGAAAACUUGAAGGUAACAAUGAGAGCAGGGAGUGAGCCUCCGGCCAUCUGGAAGGUCCAAAAGGCUCUGCUGCAGAAAUUUGUGCCUGAACUCAGAGAUGGAAAGAGAGUCUUCUCAGCCACGAACAGUUAUCUUGGAUACUUUGGUGACGCCAAGACCAUGUACCAGAGGGUUUAUGUGAAGUUCUUGGACACAGUGAACAAAAGGGAGUAUGUACGAGUUUGUAGUCGGAAGCCACGUUGCAAGCCUAUGAACUCCCUAAGGGGUGUUCAGGUGAAAACUUUACUGGGCUUGACAGCAAAUGCUUCCUCAGUCUCCCAGAGCCAAAAGCUCCGUCCCAAACACCCUAAGCCACGGGCAGAACCUCCACCUAAGAAGAGGAGGAAAUGGAAGGAGGAGUUUUCCCCUACAGCCUCAGGGUCAUCUGCAGAGGAAGGUGGUGAAGAUAAUGAGUUGAACCCUCCUGUGCCGUUUGCUUCACGGCUUCUCAACACUCGAGCUAUGAAGGAGACAUUCAAGAGUUUUGUGGAACUGCUCAUCAGCGUCGCCUUAGACGAAGACAUAAUGACGGCACUUGAGAGGGCAAAAGAUGAGUUGCUGCUGCCACAUAUGAAAAGAGUGGACGGGAUGAUCACUGACAACAGGAAACGGCUGCUUCACAAACUGCCAAUAGGGCAAGUCCUAAAGGCAGCGCUUGACAGCUUCCCAGAGAUCUCAGUGGUCACUGAGCUGAAGAAGGAUGGAGAAAAUCCUGCCUUCAAGGUGCGUCUCAGUGGUCGGGCCUACAACAAGAAGACACUGAAGCCCUACAAGAUGCCUAACAAAGUGCCACAAGAGUACACAGUGGACCAGCAGAAAACCCAGUGGUUCUCUCUGUACCAUUCUCUUCAGCAUUACAAGUACCACACAUACCUCAUGUGUAAGGACGAGAUUGCAUCUCUGCGGGUGCAAACAGGAGACCUCGGGCAGGAGGACACUGUACAGAAGUGUCUGCAGAACGGAGCUUGGGUUGAGGGGCUAUUUGAUCGCUUUGGAGAGCUUAUCAAUCAAGUGCAGCAGGCCUGCAGAUGAUUCAUCCCUGCCAGGGCUGAUUUCUACACAAAAAAAGACUUAAAUACAUUAAGUCUAAUACAUUUGAAAUAAGAGGAGGCCUCCAGCUCAGAGUGGCAGUGGGGAAGGAUGGAAUGAACCUCUCCUUCCAGCCACGCAGAGAUUUUAAUCAGGGACCUGUCGGUGGACUCAUCUGAAAGACGUUCAGGGGUCUGUGGCAUGAAAGUGGAACGUGGCGAACUGUGAGGUGGCAGCAGAGUUUAUGGUCUGUAUCUCUGCAUCCUAGCAGGAAGCCAUAACCUGAUCAACAGAGGACAAGGACUUGUCCAGGAACUAUUUUGGAAGAUCUUCGCAUUUUGCUUCUCCUAGCCUUUGUAGCUUUUGUAGUUAAAAGCCCACUUUUAUUGGGCCCUUUUCAUAGAUUUCUAAUUUUAUAAAUAUUUUUUUUAGUUGAAUACCAGAUUAUAACCAGUGAGUAUGCACUAGAUAGAAAGCAAUUGGCAAAGGAAAUAGAGCACAGCAAAUAAAAAGAUGCAGAAAUCUGAUCGCCUACAGUUAUAACAAGCCUUCAAUCAUUUGAUUAGAAGGCUCAUAUACAGAGUUGAUAUAUUGUAAAAAAAAAAAUCUCUCUAUAUUAUAUAUAACCGUAGUUAUAUACUGUUUGUAAAACAUCCAUUUUUUAAUGGAGUGCCAACUUAUAUAUAAUGUACAUUUUGUAUAAAAGAGCAGGGAGGUGGGAACUGCAGCAAUUCUCUUCAGGAGAAAUUUAGUAACUAUAUACUGUAUCUAUAUUGAGUUUUAACACUUCACACAGCCCUUUGCUUAUGAGAUGCGAAAAAGGAAAUGCAGUUCCAGCGCUGCUUUUUGAAAAAAUUAAUUUUGUUAAUCAAAUAUUAUUACCUUGAUUUAUCUGAGAGUAAAUGAAAAAAAAAA